UUCCCCUUCUCAGUUCUCCGCCCCGCCCCGCCUCACUCUUCGGGAGACCUCUCCUUUCACCUCUGAUCUCUCCUUUAUACGUAACGCUUAAACACUGUGUACUUUGCUUUUUUCUUCUUUCUCCCUCUUUCUACUUUUCUCACUUCUACUUCACCCCCUCUCUCUCUCUCUAGAAAGUUUCAUUUUCCUUUUUCUUCUCUUCUUCUUUCUGGGACGAUUGAGGUUCAAGAAUAAUCAAGGUUGUGUUUUGAGGAAUGGGUUUGUGUGUUUCGGUGCACAAAGAUGCGGAGACGCCCAUGAAGCUCCGUGUUGUGGUUGGGUCCAAGAAUAGCAUGGCCGUGAAUCCGUCGCCGGUCAAACAUGAACGGAGUACUGUUAAUGGAGUUGACUGUAAGCUCGCUGACCAUCACCCACCUAUAUCGCAUCCUUCGCCUUCUCGCCUUGCAACUGCUUCUCUUGACUUUGGUAGCAAGGAGGAGACAUUCUUUGAUUCCCAGAUUUACUUGGAGUCCGAUUGUGAGGAUGACUUCUAUAGCGUUAAAGGAGAUUUUACUCCAUCUCGAGGGAAUACGCCUGUCCAUCAGACCAUAUCUGCGGGUGCUCUUAAAGUUAAUGGAAGCCCUUUUGUGGAGAGGGCUGCAGCAGCCACUUCUGUACCUCAAACUCAAAUAUCCCCGACAGAAAAGAAGAAGAGACUCGCUGAACUUUUCAAAGAAAGUUUAGGCGGCGAUCAGGAGUUUAAUGCUUUGGGUGCUGCCAAAUCCACACUUGGAACGCCUUAUUCCUCUGCCUGCAGCAACACGAGUCCCAGUCAAGAGCUCAAACAUGCCCCGAAAUCAGCAAAGACAGGACAAUGUUGCCUCCCGAAGUUGCUCUCCAGGCGCAGCUUUAACGAGAGAAACAAAGUAACUAGUCCUGCUCACAGCGCAGGGUAAAGAAACCCUCUUCCAUGUUACUUGAGAUACAGAACGCCCUCCUUGGUCUUAACUUGACAUCCAUGAGACCUGAGAGUUCUGUAAAUAUAUAUAUGUGUAAAUGAAUAAACAAAUGUAAAAUCGUAUGAAUGAUAUCUGCUUAUUAAUAUGCAGCAGUACAGAUGAAAAUUUUGGUUUGAAUUCUAUUUAUGGAACUGUGUUUUAGGAUUU